UUUAGGUCAAAGGCUUCGGGUGUGGCCCCCUAAUAAAACCACCUGCUUCAGUCUGGGCACCUGGGCAGUAUCACAGCCCUCAAGCAAAUCGAAUGAGAUUUGUAUGGCGCAUAUGAAUCUGAUACCCCCUUUUACCAAUAUUUAUGCGUAUAAAUAAAUAUAUAAGAACGAUGGGCCACAAUAUUAUUGUUUUUACUUGUUUUGACUAGCGAAAUGUGUUCAUUAUGAAGACUAGAGAAUAUGUGACUGUUUAAGUAAUUAUCAUUUAAGAUUAAAUAUAUUUUCAUGGUAUACUUUUAUAUUACUGUAUCUUUAAAAGUUCAAUACUUCCAAUUGUUUGCAAAUAUAAUUAGGUGAUUCCUUGAUGUUUUGGCAACUAUACUCAGAAAACAAUUUGAAGUAACUAGACAAAAAAAUAUUUUCACAAUGAAUAUUAAUGAAGCAGACUCAAAUUAUCAAUUAUUUUAUGGUUUCAAUGAUCCAGAAGGACAGAAUAUAGCAUUAGCUGCUACUAGUAUGAUUAAACCAAUUCCAAAUGAGAAAGAAUUAUUUCUUUUUGACAAAACAUCACGUACAACUGGAUAUGGAGGAUUAGUCUCUGCAAGACAAUUACAUUUUAUCUGUGGACCUUAUCCAGAGUUAAUAAUUGAUGAAAAUAUAAUAUUUGACAAGAUUAUACAAACAAUUAUUUUACCCAUCUUAUUAAUUAUGUUAAUUUCAUUCAAUAGUUUAUCAGUUGCUGUUUUAACUAGACCUACUAUGAAAACACCUGUAUUUACUGUAUUAUUAGGUAUAACAAUUAUGGAAAUGUUUAAUGGAUUAUUACCUUUACCAAUGUAUUUACUCAGAGCAUUUUAUGGUGAUCCAGUUUGGUGGGAGUAUAAAAAAUAUACAUUAUAUAAUCUAACACAAAUUUCUAAAUGGUGGAAAUAUGGUCCAUUAGAGAUAUAUCAAACAAGUUCAAAUCCUAUCAUAAGUGGAAUAUUUGCAUGGACUACUGUAUUUCUUCCAACUGUUUGUCAUACAACAGCUACAUGGUUAACAUUAUUUGUUGCAUUACAACGACUUAUCUAUAUUAUAUAUCCUAAUAAAGCUACAAGAUUAUUUUCUAUACUUACAGUACGUUUAGUAUGUGUUAGUGUAUUACUAUGUGCAUUAGUUUUACAUAUUCCAAUGUUUCAAUCAACUUUUGUUAAAUUUCAACCACUUCUUUUACAUCAAAAUGUUAUCCUUAGAAACUAUUCAAUUGAUUUUAAACAAAUAUCAUUAUAUGAAGCAUUAGAUUAUCUACCAUAUGUUGUCAUGAAAUGUCAUACAUGUUUACCUAUUCAUAUGUUUUUAUAUUUUUUAACCCGUGUCAUACUUAUACAUUUAUUACCUUGUAUAUUAUUAAUUAUAUUAACCAUUAUCAUCAUUAUGAAAAUGAGACAGAUUAAUAAAAAGCAUUUAUGGCUUACACGAGGUAAAUUAUUACUGCAAUAUUCUAAAACAUUACCUACAUAUAAACAAACCAAGUCUUAUUCAUUACCUAUUACAUAUAAACAUAGUUUAUCACCAGAACUAACAAAUACUUUAAAACAAGAUUUCAUCACUGUUGAUAAACAUCAUCAUAGAAUUCAAAAUAAACUAAAUUGUUUUACUUGCCUUAUAACGAAUAAAACAAAUAGACUAUUUAAUGAUGAACAAGAUUUUGAUGAUUUACGAUUUAAACUAUUAAAUAAAAAUUCUACAUUAGCUAUAUUACUCAAUGGUAACGUGAAUGAACAUAUUCAAGAGAGUAAUAUUCAAUCAACCCCAUUAAGACGUAAAUCACAAAUUACAGAAUUUUUUAAUGUUUCCAAUAUGUUAAUUGUAAUAUUGAUUAAAUUUAUUUUAAUACAUCUACCUAAUGCUUUAGUUAUUUUCAUAUAUACAUUAACAUUAAUGCAAAAUAGAAUAUAUGACUUUAUUGGUAAUAAUAUUGAUAUUACAAGUAGAUCCAUUAAUAAUAUUAGAGAAACUAUACCAACUUUGAGAAGUACUAAUCAAUCUAUUUUAUUACCAUAUACAGUAAUAGAAUUUGUUAAUCAAUUAAAUAGUGCAAAUACAAUAAUCUAUAUUAAUGAAACACCUAUAAAGUUAUUAUGGAUAAAAGUUGUGAUAAUUUGUAAUCUUUUAAUAUUAUGUUCAUAUUUAUUGAAUUUUUUAAUAUUUUGGACAAUGUCAACAUCAUUUCGUACACAAUUUGUUAAUUUAUUUAAAUGUAAAUGUAUGAGAAAUUCAUGAGUUAAAGCUUAAACUUAACUGAUCAUUAUUGACUUUGUUAAUGCUUGUAUCCAUGUAUAUGUAUACAUCAUAAUUCUGUUGUAAAGUGUGUUAGUUUAUAUAUUAAGAGAAUAUUACAGAAAAAGUAUUUCAAUAUUUCAAGUAAACAUCUUGUGUAAAUAUGUUGAUUUAUAGCUCAUUCAGUCAGUCAGUCAG